AUGACUUCAGAUUGCUAUGAUGUGUUCAAGACGGAAAAUACCACACCUGGUGUAUAUACUGUGUAUCCUAUCUCUGACGUCACAAAGUCAAAAGCCCCAGCACCACUGAUGGAUUUAGAUUCCAUCUCGCAGACCGUCAGUAACUUUAGGAUUGAUCAAACAACAGGGAAUAUCACACUUAUAGCUCCGUUGGAUUUUGAAAAGGAUGCACAACACAGUUUGAUGGUUAUGGCAAGGGACCAAUACGGUUGGAACAGCACAGCAACGGUCUACGUAAGAGUAGGGGACGUGCCAGAGGAACCGCUCACUACAUCACCUCAAGAUUGCUAUGAUGUGUCCAAGGCUGGUAACACCACACCUGGUGUAUAUACUGUGUAUCCUGGCUCUGACGUCACAAAGUCAAAACCCCCAGCACCACUGAUGGUUUACUGUGAGGACGGAUGGACUUAUCUUCAGCGGAGAUCUGGCUACAGAAACCAUUACCCAGUCAACUUCGAUAGAGAUUGGAAUGACUAUAAAGAUGGCUUUGGCGAUCUUCGUGGUAAUUUCUGGCUUGGAAAUGAGAACAUCCACUCUCUGACGAAGAACAAAGCAUACAAACUGAUGGUUCAGGUUGAAACAUUGAAUGACAAAAAGAAUUAUGUCGCAGAGUACGAAGCAUUCAAUAUCGAUGACGAAGCCAGUCUUUAUACUCUACAUGUCUCCGGGUACUCAGGCAACGCAGGGGACGGACUCGGAACCCACAACGGCCUUCCUUUCAGCACCAAGGAUAAAGACAACGACAAAAGUUUCGGCUUUUGUGGCGACAUCUAUGGUGGAUGGUGGUAUCACGACUGUCGUCUGGCGGAUCUAAACGGUUGGAUGGAAUGGUUCACCGGAAACAAAUGGCUUUUCUUGGAUCGCACCGUGAUGAAAAUUAAUCCUGCUUCUGUUAAUUAGAUGCUUUGAUAACAAUGCGUUGAUUUUAACGGUGAAUAAAGGGGAAGAUGUGAACGUUGCUAAAUUACAAAAUAUAGCAUGGUUUCUUUUUUAUUCUGAAUACAAUCUUAAGCCACUUCACGGACAUCGACAUAUUUAAAUAGUUUGGGCACUGAUGAAGAGUUUCCAUGUAUUGAUGUAUAUAACAUGGAACACAUGUGCUCCUUUUGUUGCUCUUUUUAUUCGCUUUAUUACCUUGUGCUAGUAAGACUGUACACCCACACCCUCCUACCCACCCACCCCUACUUAACACAAUGUGCAUAUCGAGGUGUUGAAAGCCAUCAGAGCUAUAUUGAAGGGAUUACCGAAAUAAAUGCUUUACUGAGCCAAUUAUAAACGGAAGCUGAAAUAAAAUUUAUGAUUACAGAUUAUGGCUGUUUGACAGCGGUAAUUAGACUGUCUUUAGAAGUUUAUUAGUAUACAAAUAUUGACUGUUUUUGCCAUAUCAUAAUGUUUUCUCUUUGUCACGGGGGAAGUAAAGAUCAAAUCUUUGUCUGAAGUCGAAAGGGGUUUCUGAUUCAGUCAAAAAGA